AUGACGUUGGAAAACGACCAAGAACCAGCCAAAUAUUGCAAAUUUUGUUUUGGAACUGAAGAGGAUAGCACACUGAGUUUUGUUCAUCCAUGUCGAUGUCGGGGAUCUAUUCACUGGGUUCACAACCAAUGCCUCUCAAUGUGGUUCGCGAAAGCUAAUGCCGUACAACAAGUGAUGUGUAUACAAUGCCAAACCCGCUAUCAAAAACAGCUAACAUUGAAAUCAUGGAGAUCAUGGGCGAUUCCUCGUUUCGGUAUCGACAUGUUCGGUUUGUUGGAAAUAUCGGUUGAUUUAUGGAUAACUUGGAGAACGGUGUCGGGAUUCGUUGGAAUGAUGAAUGGAACUAAAGGAAUCUUCCGAGAAAUUAUUCUAUGCACCAUGUGGAAAUGUUUUGUGGCAUCUGGACGAAGGUUUUGUUACUACGGAAAUCUCGGAUUGCGAUUGGCUUCUUCGAUUUUCCGAGUUAGUAUCGAUGAUUAUGAUGAGAGACGCGAAAUCAAAGUCCGCCUUCCCACAGACAUGGACUGGGAGCAAAUCAGUCAAUCGUCAGUACUCAACUAA